CACUGUUUCGAGGAAUGUGACUAGAAUGUCAACAGACCUCAGUUGCUAAGCUAGCUCGCGGUUGUUAACAUUAUCGGGAGCUAAAGUUUGACACUGUCGCCGCAGAAUUGCACACAGUUAUGGCUUCUCGACAGAUCCCUCGAGCUGUGAUGGCACUUCAAUUCUGAGUACAUAUUCGCCGUCUCCCGCUCACCCUUAUCGUUUGAUUGCAUACAUGGUUCAUAUUCUGUCAUCAUGACCAAAGACAUCGUUGUUGGAGAUGAAUUACCAGACUGGGUGGGGGCCAAGGAGUUCUAUCAGAAAUAUGACCCGAAAGAGGUGAUUGGCAGGGGAGUCAGCAGUGUGGUGCGCAGGUGUGUACACAGACACACGGGUCAAGAGUUGGCAGUGAAGAUUAUUGAGAUCACAGCGGAGAAGAUGACAGUUCUGCAGCUGGAGGAGGUGAAGACCUCCACGCUGAAGGAGAUCCAAGUCCUCAACAUGGUGAAGGGACACUCCUCCAUCAUCACUCUUAUUGAUUCCUAUGAGUCCACAACCUUCAUAUUUUUGGUGUUUGACCUCAUGAGGCGAGGAGAGCUGUUUGACUACCUCACAGAGAAAGUUACUUUGAGUGAGAAGGAAACCAGGUGUAUGAUGCGAGCUUUGCUGGAGGCCGUGCAGUACCUUCACUCCUUCAACAUCGUCCACCGGGACUUAAAGCCUGAAAACAUUCUCCUUGAUGAUCAUGGACACAUCAAACUGUCAGACUUUGGUUUCUCUGUUCAGCUACAACCUGGAGAAAAGCUUAGAGAGCUAUGUGGGACGCCCGGUUACUUGGCCCCUGAAAUACUGAAAUGUUCGAUGGAUGAAAUGCACAUGGGCUAUGGCCAAGAGGUCGAUCUCUGGGCGUGUGGCGUGAUCCUUUUCACCUUACUGGCCGGCUCGCCACCGUUCUGGCAUCGCAAGCAGAUGCUGAUGCUGCGGAUGAUCAUGGAGGGUCGCUAUCAGUUCAGCUCACCAGAGUGGGAUGACAGGUCUGACACUGUGAAAGAUCUGAUAUCCAGGCUGCUGGUGGUGGACCCAGCUGUUCGUCUCACCGCUGAGCAAUCUCUAGCACAUCCUUUCUUCAGACAGUACCAGAAAGAGGAUGUGCGGCUCUUCAGUCCCAGAAAGACAUUUAGAGUGUUGAUAGUGAGCGUGCUGGCCUGUAUCAGGAUGUACAGCCGCUACCGCAGGGCUCGGCCACUGACUCGGGAAGUGCUGGCCAGAGAUCCUUACUCCCUUCGUGGUGUCCGCAAACUCAUCGAUGGCUGCGCCUUCCGAAUCUACGGACACUGGGUGAAGAAAGGGGAGCAGCAGAACCGAGCCGCCCUCUUUCAGAACACGGCUAAAAUCAUGCUGCUGGGCCUGGAGGACUUUGAAACAUAAAAAGGUCAACCUCAUUCCUAACCACAAUGCUUUUUAUCUAAACAUUUGCAUGUGCUUUCAUGUCAGUGUUUGUGAUGUGGAAUUACUGUGUUUAAUUUUAAGAUGAGGAAUUUAGGGACCGGGAUGUUUGUGGGCCUAGUGCACGCUGCGGUUCUGCAAAUUAAGCAUGCACAUCUUAUCUUAUCUGCCCUUUUGAUCCAAGUUUGUGGCUGUUGGAAACUCUUCUUGUCAGGUCAUCAUGUUUGCGGUAAAGGACACAUUGCACAAUCAUUUGAAAUAACACAUCACAUAUAAGUACAUCAUUUGUAUUUAUGAUAUUAUGUGUCAGUUAUAACUGAGGAGAGGAUGUGUUUCUAAGCACGGUGGGGCUGAAGUGGACAUUAAAGCACUGCGAUUAAUUAUUUAAUAGAUGAAUCUAUACACAUAAUGUUCCAAUGUACAUAUAUUCUAGUGUUACAAAUCAGUACUGGUUUUUGAGAGAGUAACCUGCAGCUAUCAUGCAUGCAGUCGUUCAUUAAUGGGAAACCCGCAUAAAAUAACUGUGAAAACUAGUGAUUGUAUUUAAGCAACACCAUUCCAUACUCAGUUCAUUUUUCAGUUUAAUAAGUAGCACUUUUUUGGAAAGUGCCUCUCUAAGUAAUAGUAAUUGUACAAAUGCAGAUAUGACGUACUGUAUAUGAAAAAAAGAAUGUUUUAUUGAUAAUAAAACUAAUGUUUGAGCUUA